AUGAGCAAGUGCAAUAUUAAUCCUGAUCGUCCUUUGAUUGUUGGACCCGAGAAUCUCGAAAAACCAUUCCCUAUUGCCGUUUCCGGCACAGUUGUAAAAGGAUUUGGUCGCGGUUCUCGAGAAUUAGGCAUUCCUACAGCCAACUUGAGUGACGACGCUCUUGAGGAAAUGUUCAAUGAAUGUGAUACUGGUGUUUACUAUGGCUGGUCCCAGGUCGGUUCAAAAGGUACCACAGUCUACCCUAUGGUAAUGAGUCUAGGUUGGAACCCCUAUUAUAAAAAUGAAAAGAAAUCCGCGGAGGUGCACAUUUUGCACGAGUUUGCAGAAGAUUUUUACGGUGAAGCCAUCAGAGUUAUUGUCGCAGGUUACAUUCGUCCAGAGCAAAAUUAUCCUUCAUUAGAUGAUUUGAUUCGAGACAUUAAAACCGAUAUUGAAGUCGCAAAAUCUUCACUGCAAAGGAAGGCCUACAAUGAACUCAGUAAUGAUGCUUUAUUCACUGAAAGCCAGUAA